AUCAAAUAUUUUGAAUGCAAUAAUAAUAAACAAUAUUGUAUAUAUGAUAACGACAUAAUUUAGACCUGUAUAACAUUCACAAUGCAAUCCAAUAGGGAGUGAACACAAACUACUUAUAAAAUAGCCGCUAAUUUGCGUUCAAUUGGCAUUUAUUUAAACACAAAUACCAACACAUGUUUAAUGCGAAGAAAUCCCAUUACAAUGGCAAUGGAAGUGGUGGUGGAAAUGAGUCCAAACGAGUGACAGUACUCUUAGACACCACUUCAAAGCCAAAACACGUAAAAAAUAUGAGAUAUCCAGAGAUGUCGUGCUUUUUGAAUGAAUCGGAAAGCGAUGUCGUCUUCAUAAUCGAUGGCCAAAGAGUUCCCGCAUUGAAACAGGUAUUGGGUCUCAAGAGUGAGGUCUUUAGAGCCAUGUUUUCGGGAAACUUCAAAGAAUCGGUUGACGUAGAGAUCCCAAUGGAGGACAUGAAUGCCGAGGCAUUCAAAGUAAUGAUUCUCUACUUAUACACCGAUCAACUGGCCUUAAAUGAUGGCGCAGAUAUGAAACUUAUGGUUCAUGUGUUGAAAAUCACCGAUAAAUAUCAUUUGUCUCGAUUGAUGGACACAAUUGAGAAACGUUUGAAACCAAUGGUCACUCUGAAUAAUCUGGAGAUUAUAUCAAAAAUGGCGUUCAAUUAUCCGAUGAAGGAGUUGAGGGCUUUUGUGGAGAAAUUCAUUGCCGAUAAUUCGGACCAAUUGUUGUCCAAAAACAUGGAAGAGUUGGCGCUAUUGAAUGAGGCGACCAAUGAUUAUUACCUAAACGUAUUGGUUAAAAGUCUUAAGAAUCGCAAACACUCGUCAAUACAGGCAAACAUUCCUCGACAGAGGAAUAUGUUAGGCUUAGGACAGUACCCACACAUACGCAAUGUCACUGAAAAUGAGCCCAAACGAGUGGCAGCAAUGAAUGUGAACGACAACACCAAAUAUCCGGAGAUGUGGUGGUAUUUGAAUGAACCGGAAAGCGAUGUCGUCUUCAUAAUUGAUGGCCAAAGAGUUCCCGCAUUGAGUGAUGUAUUGAGUCUGAAGAGUGAAGCCUUUAGAACAGCGUUUGCGGGGAAAUAUAAAUUAUCAGAAAAAAGGGAAAUACGGCUGAAGGACACGAAUGCCAACGCUUUUAAGGCAAUGAUUCGCUACUUAUAUACGGAUCAACUGGUCUUUAGCGAUGGCACAGAUGUGGAACUGAUCUGUGAUGUGCUGAAGAUUGCUGUUAAAUACCAUUUAUGUCGUCUCAUGGAAACAAUUGAGGAACACUUAAAGCCUAUGGUAAAUCUCGGCAAUCUGAGCAUGAUCAUUUCAAAAUUGGCUCUCAUUUACCCCGAGAAAAAACUAAAUACUUGUGUCGAGACAUUCAUCGCUAUAACUAUGGGUCAAUUGAUGGCAAAAAAGGCGGUGGAAUUAUCGCCAUGGAAUGAGGCGACCAAUGAUCUUCAUCUCAAGAGACUGACCAUCAGUGGCCAGAAGUAUCAAAACGCCAAACAGUAUUUCUCGGAUAAGAUGCCGAGGAAUGACUUCAGACCACAGAAUAUAACACUCAAUGGCUAUAACUAUCGUUUCAUUGAUGGCUAUUAUGUUAAUGAGUUUGAAUUUGAAGACAUUUCUAAUUAA